CUUAUCUGCGAUUUUGUCCGCGUUGGAAGCCUUGGUUCAUUGAUCGCUGGCCUUGCCCAGAGUGUGCAACACGUAACGAAUAUAAAUGAUCUAACGGCACAAACUUUCGUUGCAUUAUAGCUCAGGGGAGUUGCAAUCUGAGUCGCCAAAGGAUGUUGCCCGCGAUGCUAGUGCCUCGCGCGGCUGCUGCAGCGUGGCGCCUCGGCAGAGCACAGCUGGCGUGUUGUGGGUUAUGGCGUGCGCACUCGGCGCAGGCCAGCCCAGACACGGCCAAACCCGCACGCGAGGAGAUGCGCUAUGAUGUCCUGGUAGUGGGCGCGGGGCCGGCCGGCCUCUCCGCGGCCAUUCGCCUGAAGACGUCAUCUCAGGCUGCUGGAAAGGACAUCAGUGUGUGCGUCAUUGAGAAGGGGGCCGAGGUGGGCUCGCACAUCCUGUCGGGCAACGUGCUGGAGACAAAGGCGCUGGACGAGCUGAUCCCCGAGUGGAAGGAGGAUCCCGACUGCCCCAUUAAGGUCAAGGUGACGUCAGACGCUUUCCGGGUGCUGGCCAGCCCCACCUGGUCGCUCCGCCUGCCCACGCCGCCCACCAUGCACAACAAGAACAAGAAUUACGUGGUCAGUCUGAGCGAGGUGACCCGCUGGCUGGCCAAGCGGGCGGAGGCGCUGGGGGUGGAGAUCUACUCAGGCUUCGCGGGCAAGAAUCUGCUGUACAACUGGGACGGAGUGGUGGAGGGCGUGGCCACAAACGACUUCGGCAUCGCCAAGAGCGGCCAGCCCAAGUCCAACUUCGCACCGGGGGUGGACCUGCGCGCGCGAGUGACGCUGCUGGCAGAGGGCUGCCGAGGAUCGUUGUCGGAGGAGGUGAUCUCGCGCUUUGGACUGCGCCAGGCGGCGGGGGCGCAGCACCAGACGUACGCACUGGGCAUCAAGGAGGUGUGGCAGGUGCCGGAGGCGCAGCACAAGGCCGGCACGGUGGUGCACACGGUGGGCUUCCCCGCGUCACACAACACGUACGGCGGCGGCUUCAUCUACCACAUGGCGGACCAGAAAGUGGCGCUGGGCUAUGUCAUUGGUCUGGACUACGACAACCCGCACAUCAACACAUUCCAGGAGUUCCAGCGCUGGAAGCAGCACCCCGCUGUGCGCAAGCACAUCGAGGGCGGCACGUGCCUGCAGUACGGAGCCCGCACCCUCAACGAGGGCGGGCUGCAGUCCAUCCCUAAGCUCAGCUUCCCGGGCGGCGCGCUGGUGGGCUGCUCCGCUGGCUUCCUAAACGUGCCCAAAAUCAAGGGCACCCACACCGCUAUGAUGAGCGGCCUGGCAGCCGGCGAGGCCGCAUUUCGCCAACUCACAUCCGACAAGGCGCCAGCCAAGGGACCUGUGGACAUGUCGACCUACGAGGAGGCGCUCAAGCGGUCAUGGGUGUGGGAGGAGCUGACGGCGGUGCGCAACAUUCGCCCCGGCUUCCGUGCGGGUCUUAUUCCGGGCCUGCUGCACGCAGCCCUGGAUGCUUACGUACUGCGUGGCAAGGAGCCGUGGACGCUGCGGCACGGCCGCCCCGACAACGAGCACCUGAAGCCGUUGUCUGCGGCGCCCGCGCCUCCCGCCUACGCCAAGCCGGACGGCGUGGUCAGCUUCGACCUGCCCACCAGCCUCUACCGCAGCGGCACCAACCACGAGCACGACCAGCCCAGCCAUCUGAAGAUCAAGGACGAAGGCGAGUUCGAGCGCUCCAACCUGCCGCAUUACGGCGGCCCAGAGACGCGGUACUGCCCCGCCGGCGUGUACGAGUACCGGGCGGACCAGUACGGCAGGCAAAAGCUGCACGUGAACGCCCAGAACUGCCUGCACUGCAAGGCGUGUGACAUCAAGGACCCGGGGCGUAACAUCAAGUGGACGGUGCCGGAGGGCGGCCAGGGCCCCAGCUACACCGCUAUGUAAUAGGGGCUAGCGGAAUGUGGUGGUGUUGUUAUCCAGGCGGCUGCGUUGGGCAGGUUGUGUGUUGCUGGGUGCUACAAGACGCACAUGAGUUUGCGGACAAUUGUGAUGCUGUGGUUGUGCAGGGGUGGUGAAUUGUGGCGGUGCCCAGCCUGCUGGCGACGGGUGUUGCGGCGAGGGGCGAUCGUGGGGGUUGAACCCUAAUUAUCUGGCUGGCCCUGAUGCUGAAAUGCAGUCCUAUGGUAAUGACUGCAGCCUCUACGCAAUACGCCUGGUGCGGGGGUUGAACCCGCAGUGUCAAGGGGAAAUUGAGUAACGGGACCGGUGACCA